AUGGCGGCCGAGCUCGGGACCGGAAGUGUCACCGCCGGCGAUGCCGGCACCUCAGAAACGAUGGCGCCCGUUCUGCCCGUGCUACUGGUGCCGGUCCCCGCCGAGGCGACGGGGCGCCUGGGCUUCCGGGCGCAGCUCCACAGGAAGCGGGCGGUCGUGGGGAGCCUGACUACUGAGGGAAGCCUUCGGGUGCUCGCCUUGGGGCCGGAAGGCGGGAGCUGCUGCCUCGACGGCCCCUUCCGGCACUUUAUAUGGGAAGAUUCUCUGAAUAGCAGCACACCAGCCGAUAAACCCAGACUGCUUGCUCUUACUAAAAACUGUGAACUGUUCAUCUAUGAAUUUAAUCUAAAAGAUGGAAGAUGUGAUGCAACCAUUUUGCAUGGCUAUAGUGAAGAGACACUGCAAAAACUCAUUGAAGAGCAACCUAUCAGUGCAUCCUUAUUAUCUUUGAGAAUACUGUCAUUCCAUGAUAACACAUCAUUACUGUUCAUCAAUCAAAGCAUUAUCGUAAAUCUUGGAUUCCCUGAAAGAGAUGCUGAAAUUAGAGUGCUAAGCUGUUUCACAGUGCCUUUUCCUGCACAAACAGUAGACAGGAUCGUUGACAUACAGCUCUGCAGAGGAAUUCUUUUUAUUUUGAGUAGUUUAGGAUGGAUCUACAUUUUUGACACUGUAGAUGGUACAUAUGUGUCUCAUGUGGAUUUAACACUUCAUCAAGAAGAUAUUUGUAAUGAGGAGCAUCAGGGGCCAGACAAAAUCUCUUCCUUUACUUCAUUGAAAGUGUCUCAAGAUUUAGAUGUUGCUGUGAUUAUCAGCUCUUCCAACACUGCAAUUGCUAUUAAUUUAAAUUUGUAUUUCAGGCAACACCCAAGACACCUGCUGUGUGAAAGAACCCUAGAAGAUCUUCCUGUUGAAGGACCCAAGGGGGUAGAUGAAGAUGAUCCUGUUAACUCCUACUACAACAUGAAACUGACAAAAUUCUCCUUCCAAGUUGAUAGGUCUUGGAAAGCCCAGUUAUCAUCAUUGGAUGAAGCACUGACAAACUCCAAACUGGAGGUUUCCCACUGUGUUCCAUGGUUCCAAGAUACAUUGCAUUUGGAUUCCCCUGAAUCUACUACUCAUAGUUCUGGUAUGCAGCGCCAGGACUUCACAUCACAAGACAUAAUGUACAAUCAGUAUAACUUUCCACAGAAAGAUUAUGUCAAGACUGACCCUAGAAAAUCAUGGAAGAUGAUGCACAUUAGUGAGCAGAAGGAUCCUAUCAAACUCAGAUGUGUGUCUGUGACAAGAUUCACUGCUCUGUUUACUUGGGCAGUGGAUGGGACAGGAUGCACUAUUGUCCUCUGGGAUCUGGAGACUCAGGCCACACAGCGUUUUACUCAUCACAAAAAGUGUAUUCCUGUAGACAGUAAUGGAGACCAGCAACUGUGUUUUGUUUUAACAGAGAAUGGACUGUCCCUGAUUUUGUUUGGUUUGACUCAAGAGGAAUUUUUAAAUCGACUAAUGAUCCAUGGAAAUGCCAGCACUGUGGAUUCUCUCUGCCAUCUCAAUGGUUGGGGGAGAUGCUCAAUCCCCAUACAUGCAUUAGAGGCUGGAAUAGAAAAUCGUCAGCUAGACACAGUGGAUUUCUUUUUGAAGAGCAAGGAAAAUCUUUUAAAUCCAUCUUCAAAAUCUUCUAUACUUGAUCAGUUUGAUCAGUUUCCAUCCCAUUUAUAUUUAAGAAAUGUGCAAGAUCUGACACCAGCAUUGGAUUUACUUUGCUCAUCAAUUAGAGAAAGUGAUUCUGAAACCCAGAGCAAACACUUUUCUGAGCAAUUGCUUAAUCUUACACUGUCUUUCCUUAACAAACAAAUAAGGGAACUUUUUGUUCACAACAAAGAGUUGGAUGAACACCUACAGAAAGGAGUGGACAUUUUGUCCAAAUAUGUUAAUGAACUUCGAACCUUUAUGAUAAAGUUUCCUUGGAAGCUGACAGAUGCUGCAAAUGAGUAUGAUGUAAAUGAAAAUGUCUUGACAAUAAAGGAGAGCAAUAUGUGGGAGAAACUCAGCACUGAGGAAGUUAUUGCCAAUGCCAUUUUAACCAACAAAAUACCAGAGGCACAAACUUUCUUCAGGAUUAGCAAUCAUUCUGCUCAAGAGCUUGAGGAAUUGACUAGAAUAGGCCUAGAUUUGGUCUUUAAUAAUUUAAAGAACAACAAUGUAAAGGAAGCUUCUGAACUUUUGAAGAACAUGGGAUUUGAUGUAAAAGACCAGUUACUUAAGAUAUGCAUCUAUACAACUGAUAAAAAUAUACGGAACUAUCUGGUUGAAAUCUUACAAGAAAAAAAUUAUUUUUCUGAAAAAGAAAAAAGAACUAUUGACAUCGUGCAUCAAGUUGAGAAGUUAUAUUCAGGACAUUUCCAAGAAACUGUACAGAUUCAGUCCUUUCCCAGGUUUUGGAAAAAAGAACAAGACUUUUUCAAGCACAAGUCUAUUUUGGAGUCAUUUCUGAAAUAUGACCAGAAAGAUAAAUUUGAAAAACAGGAUUAUAGAAUUGUGUUAAAUUGGGCACAAUGGUGGAAUCAACUGACACAAGAGUCCAUCCUUCUUUCCAAGACAAGUCUAGAAGGAUACAAAUCAUACUCUCCUGAAGCCCUCUGGAGAUAUCUUACAGCUCGCCAUGAUUGGCUAAACAUUGUAUUAUGGAUUGAAGAAUUUCAGACCCAAAAGAAUCGUGGCUCACUCAAGCAGAACAAAUGGCCCCUUCUGAAUGUUGAUGUUAUUGAUCACAAUACUUGCUGCAACAAAUAUCUGAGGAAUAAAAUUUUAGAUAAGCUGGCCAGGAAUGGGAUUUUUCUUACAUCUGAACUGCAAGACUUUGAACUCUUCCUUCUAAGACUAAACCGUAUUGGGGGUGUGAUGCAAGAUUCUCUCCCUAUUCAAAACUACAAGUCAAAAGAAGGUUGGGAUUUCCAUUCUCAUUUCAUUUUCUAUUGUUUGGAGCACAGUCUGCAGUAUCUACUCUACAUCUAUCUUGACUAUUACAAACUUAGUCCUUCAAAUUGUUCCUUUUUGGGAAAAAAAGAAUUACAUGAAGCUUACCCUUGGUUUGAAUUUUUAGUUCAAUGUCGACAAGUUUCCAGUCAUUUAACAGAUCCAAAAUUGAUUUUUCAGGCUAGUCUUGCAAAUGCUCAGAUACUAAUCCCCAGCAAUCAGGCCAGUGUAAGCAGUAUGCUAUUGGAAGGACAUACCCUACUGGCUCUUGCUACCACGAUGUAUGGUCCCGGAGGUGUCAGCCAGGUUAUUCAGAAUGAAGAAAAUGAGAACUGCUUGAAGAAGGUGGACCCCCAGCUACUGAAGAUGGCCUUAACUCCAUAUCCCAAGCUAAAAAUUGCUCUUUUUCCACAGUACACUGCUCCUAGUAUCUUGCCACCAGAUAUUACACUCUACCACCUCAUUCAGUCACUGUUGCCUUUUGAUCCUAGCAGAUUGUUUGGCUGGCAAUCUGCCAACACACUUGCAAUAGGAGAUGCAGCAAGUCAUCUCCCACAUUUUUCUAGUCCUGAUCUGGUUAAUAAAUACGCUAUCGUGGAACGUCUAAAUUUUGCUUAUUAUUUGCAUCACGGACGGCCAUCAUUUGCAUUUGGUACUUUUCUUGUGCAGGAGUUAGCCAAGAGCAAGACCCCCAAGCAACUGAUCCAGCAAGUAGGUAAUGAAGCCUAUGUUUUGGGACUAUCUUCCUUCCACAUACCUUCAAUAGGAGCUGCCUGUGUUUGCUUCUUAGAAUUACUUGGGCUCGACAGCCUCAAGCUUAGAGUUGACAUGAAAGUGGCCAAUACAAUUUUGAGCUACAAGUGUAAAAAUGAAGAUACUCAGUACAGCUUUAUCAGAGAGACUCUAGCUGAAAAACUGUCUAAACUGGCUGCAGGUGAAAAGGCAACCAUAGAAGAAUUGCUUGUUCUCCUAGAAGAAGGUAUAUGGAAUAGCAUUCAGCAACAGGAAAUAAAGAGAUUAUCCAGUGACUCUAGCAGCCAGUGGGCAUUGGUGGUACAGUUCUGCAGGCUCCACGAUAUGAAAUUGAGCAUGUCUUAUCUGAAAGAAUGUGCAAAAGCAAAUGAUUGGUUACAGUUCAUUAUUCAUAGCCAACUCCACAAUUACCACCCAGAGGAUGUGAAAGCUCUGCUCCACUAUUUUAACCCUAUCCUUCAAGACCACUUGAAGCUGGCUUUUGAGAAUUUGCCUCCAAUGUCGAACUCCAGAAUGGACAGUGAUCCAGUCUGCACCAACUCUCCCCAGACACUCCAGAGAAGCAAAGAUGAGACUACCAAUUUCUUUGAAAUUCUGCUGCAGUGCUCAGAGAAGCCAGACUCUUGGUGUUGGCUACUAGCUGAAGCAGUGAAACAACAUGCUUCCAUCCUGAGUGUCCUUGCCGCAUGUCUCCAGGGUACGAGUACCAUUUCUUGUGUCUGUGUUUGGAUCAUCACUUCUGUGGAGGAGAGUGUUGCAGCGGAAGCAGUGGGUCACAUUCAGGGCUCAGUGGAAACCCACAUCUGGGACCUACAGGAUCUGUCCAUCCUAUGGAGAACAUUAUUAGCAAGGCAGAAGAGCAAAACUCUUAUCAGAGGUUUCCGGCUCUUCUUUAAGGAUUCCCCACUGCUGUUGAUGAUGGAGAUGUAUGAACUUUGCAUGUUCUUUAAGAAUUAUAAGGCAGCAGAAGCUAAACUUCUGGAGCUCCAGAAGACCCUGGAAACUCCUGAACUAGCAGCUACAGAAGUCCACAUUAUGCUACCAGCCCCAUGGCUGAAGGAGCAGGUGCAUUUUCUUCUGAAGUUCAUGUUACAACAGUGUCAAACUCAGUAUGAGCUGGGAAAGCUUUUGCAGUUAUUUGUUGAAGUAGAGGAUCUCUUCUCCGAUGGUCCAGAUAUAAAAAAGCUGUAUGAUCUCAGCCAGAUUUUGAAGGAUACAUCCAUUGCAAUUAAUCAUGUAAUUAUUAAUAGCUACAGCUUUGAAAAUUUCCAACAUGAAUGUAGAUCUAUUUUGGAAAAACUGCAGACAGGUGGAGAGUUUGGCUCGGCAAGGAGAGUAGCAGAAUUAGCUGAGUUACCAGUGGACCACUUGGUUGUUGAAGAGGUAACUUGGGAAAUGCAGACCUUAAAGCGAGUUAACCAGUGGUCCCUGAAACAAGCAAGAAUUGACUUCUGGAAAAAAUGCCAUGAGAAUUUUAAGAAGAAUUCCAUUUCCAACAGAGCAGCUUCUUCUUUUUUCUCAGCCCAGGCCCUUGAAGCUUGUGAGGGCCCAACCCUGGAGCGGCAGAGCCACGUCGAUGAGCGCCACCUGCUGCUCACCCUGGCUGGGUACUGGCUUGCCCAGGAGGACUUGGUGCCUUUGGAUGAACUGGAGGAACUGGAGAAGCAGAUAUGGCUCUGCCGUAUUACCCAGCAUAUCCUUGGAGGAAAUGCCGAGGAAAGAGAGCCCAGGUUUUCUCGACAGAUCUCAACUAGUGGUGAACUUUCCUUUGACAGCUUAGCCAGUGAAUUUUCAUUCUCCAAAUUGGCUGCUCUGAACACGACUAAAUAUUUAGACCUUACUGGCCUUCCACGCAAAGAGUCUUGUGUGAACAGACUAAAUUGGAAGGAGCAGGAGUCUCUAAACUUUCUGAUUGGGAGCCUGUUGGAUGAUGGCUGUGUGCACGAAGCCAGUCGAGUAUGCCAUUAUUUUCAUUUCUAUAGCCAAGAUGUUGCCUUGGUAUUGCACUGCAGAGCUCUGGCUUCAGGGGAAGCUAGUGUGGAUGACUUUCAACCAGAGUUCCAGGCUCUCCUACAAUAUUCUGAGCUGCUUGAGGAGGAAGAAGUCAGCAUUCCUCUACGGAAAGUCCAAAGCACCUCCAGUCUGGACAGCCAGUCAUUUGUGAUGCUGCCCCCUACCGACCAAGUGGUGGCCCACCUGGAAACUCUGAUCAGCAAGUGCUUGCAUGGGAAGAACUACUGUCGGCAGGUUCUCUGUCUUUAUGAACUUGCCAAGGAGCUGGGCUGUUCAUAUGCAGAUGUUGCUGCCCGGGAUGGAGAGGCCAUGCUCCGGGCAAUCCUGGCCUCUCAGAAGCCUGACAGAUGCAGGCGAGCCCAGGCAUUCAUCAGCACUCAGGGCCUUAAACCUGACACAGUGGCUGAACUUGUGGCCGAAGAGGUGACACAGGAGCUGCUGACCCCAUUUGAGGGAACAGGACACAAGCAUGUGUGUGCCCCAGCUGAGGAGGGCCAGGCAUUUCUUCAGUUGACCACUCUGUGUCAAGACCGCACCUUGGUAGGCAUGAAGCUGCUGGAGAAGAUCUCUUCUGUUCCUCAUGGGGAACUGGCUUGUACCACGGAGCUGCUGAUCCUGGCCCAUCACUGCUUCACACUGACCUGCCAUAUGGAGGGCAUCAUCAGAGUCCUGCAAGCUGCCCGGCUGCUUACCGACAACCAUUUGGCCCCCAAUGAAGAAUAUGGACUUGUGGUGCGUCUCCUCACUGGCAUUGGACGGUACAACGAGAUGACAUAUAUAUUUGACCUGCUGCAUAAAAAGCACUACUUUGAAGUACUAAUGAGAAAGAAAUUAGAUCCGAGUGGUACUCUGAAGACAGCCUUGCUUGACUACAUCAAACGCUGUCGCCCUGGGGACAGUGAGAAGCACAAUAUGAUCGCCCUGUGCUUCAGCAUGUGCCGAGAGAUCGGGGAGAACCAUGAGGCAGCUGCCUGCAUCCAACUGAAACUGAUAGAGUCUCAGCCCUGGGAGAACAGCCUUAAGGAUGGUCCCCAGCUGAAACAACUGCUGCUGAAGGCUCUGACACUAAUGCUGGAUGCAGCGGAGAGUUAUGCCAAGGACUCUUGUGUGCGACAGGCUCUGCAUUGUCACCGGCUUGCCAAGUUGUUAACACUGCAAAUUCACUUUUUGAACACUGGUCAGAACACAAAGCUCAUCAAUCUGGGCCACCACAGGCUGACGGAAUGUAUCCUGGCCCUUCCUCGGUUCUACCAGGCUUCUAUUGUGGCUGAGGCUUAUGACUUUGUUCCUGACUGGGGUGAAAUUCUAUACCAACAAGUGAUUCUUAAAGGAGACUUCAAUUACUUGGAAGAAUUUAAGCAGCAAAGAUUAUUAAGCUCCAGUAUAUUUGAAGAAAUUUCAAAAAAAUAUAAACACCAGCCUUCCAUCUCUGACACAGUUGUGAAAAACCUGAAGAAAUUAUUCACAUAUUGUGAAGAUAUCAAUUUAUACUACAAGUUGGCAUAUGACCACAAGUUUUAUGACGUCGUAAACACGCUUCUGAAAGACCCUCAGACAGGCUGCUGUCUAAAGGACAUGCUAGCUAGCUAGAUGACUGAUGCCAGUGAUCGCCCAGAUUAUUUUGUGAUCGGAAUGAAUUGGGAGCUUUGUUCUCUGACCUAUAAAAAUACCCCAGGUUUGACCAGACCAGCCCCUUGUGAAUCAUAAUAAGAAUGAUUAAAUUUUCACAAGGAAACCCUUAAAUGUUCAUGUAUAAAAAAGUUCCAAGGAUGGCUUACUUCUACUUUGAUUGUACAAUCUUGAUUAAAGAAUAUCUGUGCCUGAAGAUUCCAGUUUCAAAGGAAUUUAAUAGUAUUUAUACAGUUAAGGAACAGAUGAUACAUUUCUCCAUUUGUUAGAAACUGAUCUCUAUAUAAAAUAG